AAAAGAAAAGAAAAGAAAAGGUGAAAUGAGUUAAGACCGGUUGGGAUUGGACGAUGGUUAGAAGCAAAUUCUCCCACUUUCCCCAAAUUCCAUCUUUCAUCUUUUUCCGUUACCAAACAAACCAUCCCUCCACCACCAUCGCCAUCACCGUCACCACCAAUUCAUGAACUCCGUAACGUUUCUUCGUUAAUCUUCGUAGCUAGGUAGUUUUUCAUCGCUCUCAAUUUCUCUCUCUAUAUAUUUGUUAAUUUUCACAUUAAUUAUUUUUUUAUAAUUGCGUGUAUCAUUUCCUUUCCUUGCUUGUACUGUUCAUUUUUCACCACGCGCUUCAAUUCAACGCUUCCAGAUCCUUCUUUUCAUUUUUUUUAUAUCGAUCCGCUUUGUUUUUCAUAAACCCUUCACUGAGUAAAUUGCUGUAUCAAUUCUCGUUCUUCGUUUGUUAAGGAAUCUCGGAGUAAAUAAAGCAUUUAUCAUAUUUGGAGGAUAUAUAUUUUACACAUAAUAUCAUGGAGGAAACAAUGGCGGCAAGAUAUUGGUGUCACGCGUGUUCUCAAAUAGUCAGUCCUAUCAUGGGAAUGGAGAUGAAAUGUUCGGUUUGCCAGAGUGGAUUUAUUGAAGAAAUGAGCAGUGCCACUGGUAUCAAUGACUUGCAAAAUGUACCGGAAAAUGAUUUUGGAUCGGAUCGUUCUCCCUCCCUUUGGGCACCAAUCUUGCUAGGCAUGAUGGGAAAUCCGCGGCUUCGUCAGAGAUUGAGACGGAUGGAGCUUGAAGAGGAUUAUGAUAGUGGGAAUCACGAUGGUGAUAAUGGUAAUGGUGGUGUAGGACAUUAUGAUCGAGAGCUCGAGUCUAUCCUAAGAAGGAGGAGAAGAAGCUCUGCUACUAUUCAGCAAUUGCUCCAAGGCAUAAGAGCUGGACUGACAUCUGAGACGCAUGAGAAUAUUGAUAGGGAUGACCGUGUUAGGGAAAGAGAAAGAGAGCAUGUGAUCUUGAUUAAUCCUUUUAAUCAGACUAUUAUUGUUCAAGGUUCCUAUGAUUCGAACCGGGAUCAAAGUGAUAAUAAUAACCCCAUUGGGUCUUUGGGUGACUAUUUCGUAGGACCUGGUUUGGAUCUAUUGUUGCAACAUUUGUCUGAGAAUGACCCUAAUAGAUAUGGAACUCCACCUGCACCGAAGGAAGCCGUUGAAGGUUUACCAACUGUGAAAAUCAAUGAGAACAUGCAGUGUUCUGUCUGUUUGGAUGAUUUUGAAGUUGGUUCUGACGCUAAAGAGAUGCCAUGUAAACAUAGGUUUCAUAGUGCUUGUAUCCUGCCCUGGCUGGAGCUGCAUAGUUCUUGUCCGGUUUGCAGAUCUCAAUUGCGAGUGGAUGAUCCUAAGCAAAACUCUGAUGUGUCAAGGAAUAACAGAAAUCAAAGGGAGAAUGAAAAUAUUGGACAUGCCAGUGCUGAAGGAGAUAGUGAAGGGAGAAGUGCAAGCGGGGGUAGAAGAUUCUCAUUUCCAUGGCCUUUCAAUGGAUUAUUUUCAUCAUCAUCAUCAUCAUCUUCUAGUUCAAAUGCAAAUGGAAACAGUAGUCAACCAGAAAGAAACUGAGUAUUCUUGCAGAUCUGUUGUACAUUUCAUGUGCUGCAUUGCUUUUGUACAGAGAAAACUACCGAUUAAAAGAUUCAACGUUGACAUUAUCGGUUAUGAUUUUUUUACCUCACUUUGUUUUUGCUAAAUUUCCUGCUCCUUUGCUAUAUUUCCUUCAACUUUUACCAACCAACGAGGUUUGUGUAUAUUUAUGGUUGGUUGUUUAUUUCAUGAAUUUGUACUACAUUGGUAAAUAUGCAUAUUUCUUAAGCCUUGCUUUCAAA